GAACGAAGCACGCCGCGCUUCCGACAACUGCGGGCAGUCGACAUCUUCAUCCUUGCUAGACCGGCCAACGCACACACACGCCAAACGAUACUUGACAAGGGCUGUGAUUCGCUGCAUCUCCCUUCUCCCUCGUACCAGGAUACAGCUGCCGGCCCAGCCUCCCGCCUUUCUGGUUCACUCAAUGUUCGAUGCCCUCUUCACUACUGCACAACAUACUCGAGCGUACCGUUCCCUCGGGUCCAGCAUCUGCCAUCAUCAAAAUCUUCACGACGACACUCCGAAACACAUCUGUCGACGCUGACCCGACGAUCUGGUCUCGCCGAUCUGGCACAUCUGAAUCAACACUCUGAAGGGAAGCCAUUGGUCGUACACGGAGACUCCGGAAACAGCUUCGAGAUACGAAGCAAGAUAGAGUGCUGUGGUGGCGGUUGUUGCGACUUCUGCCACCACCACAACUUUGCUCUGUGCAAAUGGCACUCUCAGACCAGAUCCCUAUAGAUGACCAUUAUUCUACUUAUUCUAGUGACCAAUAUGGAGACGAGAAUGAUAGCUACACCUCUGCGAGGACGUUGGCGACAACGACGACCAUGUAUCGACAUGAAAAUGGGAGGACCUAUCACGCAUAUCGAGACGGCGAGUAUUGGCAACCGAACGACGAGAAACAAAACAACCACGAGGCAAUAGUGCACCACCUUUGCAUCAUGACCCUACGAGACAAGCUCUUUCUCGCACCCGUCACCGAUCCCAAACGUAUCCUCGACAUUGGUACCGGGACCGGCAUCUGGGCCACCGACAUUGCAGACAAAUUCUUCAACGCUGAGGUGAUCGGCACUGAUCUCUCGCCUGUUCAACCUGGCAUGCAGCCCGAUAAUUGCCGAUUCGAGAUCGACGAUUGCAUGUCAGAGUGGGUGUAUCCCGAGAAUCACUUUGACUUCAUCCACAUUCGCGGGCUUUUCGGCAGCAUCGGUGAUUGGCCGCAGCUGUAUCAACGAUGUUAUGAGCAUAUGGAACCUGGUGGAUGGCUUGAACAAGUUGAAUGGAGCAUACAGAACCGAAGUGCAGAUGGCUCACUCAGCCCUGAUUCAACAUUGGCGAGAUGGUCUCGAUACGGCAUCGAGUGCGGAAGACGGAUAAACAAAACUUUCGAGAUUGCAGAAAACAUGGCUGGGCUUAUUAAGGAAGCUGGCUUCGUCGACGUGGUAGAGAAGCGUUUUAAAUGGCCUAUUGGACCUUGGAGUUCAGAUCCAAGACUGAAAGAGAUUGGGAGAUGGAACUUGCUAAACUGGGAAGAGGGGAUGGAAGGUUGGGUGAUUGCGCCUUACACAAGAGUAUUAGGGUGGUCCGUCGACGAAGUGCAGGCCUGGCUGCAGGAGAUCCGAAAAGCUUUGCGAGAUCGCAAGAAGCAUGUUUACCACGAGGUACGAUUGGUAUAUGCUCGUAAGCCAUUCGACCACGAAGUCAGUGCUCCUGCGGAAACGAAUGGAGAGCACGAGGCAGGUAAUGGCAGUGUAGCAAGACCGCCGUCUGACUAGCAGCGAGUCCUCGGCAUCAAUUGGCUUACGUAUACGUUAGCUUAGAGCGUACAAGCGAGCAUCACCAAUUUGGAGCCUUUUUCAAACGCCAACAACAUAUGAGGACAUCCACUCAUACCACUACAGGCUGGCCUGUGUGACGACGCCUUCCGAGCACGUGGAACGAGAUUCUAGUGCACUGAUCAUACUUCUAGAUGUUGUCGUAUCAAACGUAAUCCC